CCGCCAAUUCACAACAAAUCUACGAUCAAGAUUAAAGAUAGUCCAUUUCCCAUUAACGAAUCUCUGAUUUGAAGGGAUUAACAGUCAAUUGACUAAAAGUGUUCAUAGAAACCAACUCCCUUUACGCUCCAACAAAACCGGGCCCACCCUCUGCAAAAAAGCAGAGCCCAUUCGCCCUUUGCCAACUAUCAUAAAUAGUACCAACCAUUCCCUCCUCCUUUCUUCUAUCUAAUUCUAACCCCACAUCUCCCGAUAUCCUUCACCAAUGGCGGCCACAACCUCCAACCUCUUACUAUGUCUGUUCCUCUCCCUCGCCCACGCCUCCACACCCGACGCCGGCCAAUUCUCCACAACUCUCCGCCCCGAGAAACUGGGACUCCACCGCAAGGAAAAGCUGACUCACCUGAAGUUCUACUUCCACGACAUCGUCAGCGGCCGCAACCCCACCGCCGUCCCCAUCGCACGCGCCUCCAUGACCAACACCUCCCGCUCGCUUUUCGGGCUGGUCAACAUGAUGGACGACCCGCUGACCGUGGGCCCCAAAUCCAGCUCCAAGCUCGUGGGCCGGGCCCAGGGGAUUUACGCCUCCGCGUCACAGACCGAGCUCAGCUUCCUGAUGGUGCUCAACUUCGCAUUUACGGAAGGCAAGUACAACGGCAGCAACCUCAGCGUGUUGGGCCGGAACAGCGUCUUCUCCGGGGUCAGGGAGAUGCCCGUCGUCGGCGGAAGCGGGGCCUUCCGGUUCGCCCGCGGGUACGCUCAGGCGAGGACUCACGAGUUCGAUCUGAAGACCGGCGACGCGGUGGUGGAGUAUAACGUCUACGUCUUCCAUUACUGAGAUGAGAUUGAUGUCCUCUGUUGCGUCUUUUCCUUUCUCUUUAGCUUUCUCGUUUUAUUCGCGUGAUUGGUAAAUGGGGCCUACCAGUACGUUAGGGGUCAAAUUGUAUGGAUGGUAACUUUGUACGGGAAAAUUGAUAAUUAGGUCAUGUAACUUUGUAUAUUGACAAUUCAGUCCACGGUAGAAAGUGGCUGACAAAUGUGAGGACUCGCGGUCCCAUCUUAAUAAUCACUAGCUUGUGCCCGGCCUUUGGCCGGUAAAGUUUUUCAUCAUCAUUCAUAAUAUAUUUGAUAUAUUUAG